AUUUAUUGUAUUACAUUAUGUCAGUUACGUGAUUCCCACAUGCUUCCUCUCCACCUACGCCAGUCUCACGUCCAAACCUCCAGUUCUCCAAUGCCAUCCUCUUCGCCCCUACAAGACAUCCACCACCAGAACUCAUCGUCCUACACGCUUGCCACCGUGCACAUCGACGAUGGCCCAUCAUCGCCCCAUUCUGUGAUCACCCCCCUUCUCACCGACGAAGCUUCCACUUACGGUGCCACCAUCCCCCGCUGGGCUCGUCCACGACAGCCAUCAUCUCGCAGGCUCAUUUUCAUGGCCGCUCUCAAGAUGGCUGCUGUCUUUGUCAUUAGUACUGCUAUUCUGGGUGGUACAUUGUGGCUUGCACUGCCUACUCUCGACGAAGAUGACCGGCCUCUUCUUCGGAUUCCCAAGUCAUUUGCCCAACUUCAGGCACUUAACAGUCUGUUGAAGAAAUACCGUGACAUCUAUCCAUAUCGUAUCGUCAUUUGUUAUGUGGUAACUUAUCUCUUUCUCCAGGCCUUUUCCCUCCCUGGGUCUAUGUAUCUAUCAAUCCUCGGUGGUGCUGUCUGGGGUGUGCCUCGGGCUUUGCCUCUCGCGUGUGCCUGUGUCGCUACUGGCGCCACCCUGUGCUAUCUCAUCAGCGCCGCUUUUGGUCCUGCCCUCCUUACUGUUCCCAAGUGGAAAGCCCGCCUUGACAGGUGGUCCGACAAGAUACGAUCUCAGAAAGACAACCUGAUAUCUUUCCUAAUCGUCCUACGCAUUGCCCCACUGCCUCCUCAUUGGGUUGUUAACGUCAUCUGUCCCCACGUUGGUAUCGGAAUUAUUCCUUUCUGGAUAAGCACGUUCUUCGGAAUAUUCGGUGUCAGUGUCAUCCAUACCACUAUUGGUGGAGGUCUCGAUGAAAUGACUUCUGCAGCUGACUUUCAUCUCAUCUCGUGGCGGAACUUCUUCCUACUCUCCGCUGUUGUUGUCGGUGUCCUCAUUCCGGUUGGUCUUCGCUACUACUUCAAGCCUCAAGUUGCUUCAGCCGUGGAUGUAGAGCAAGGCCCGUCAGAAGAGGACGUAGAAGAAGAAGAAGAAGACCAGAUACUGGCUGCGGGACCUAGCGCACCCCUGAACAAAGCUAAAACUCCACAGCUGGUGAAUUUGUUGGACGAGGAGAGUGAAGAUGAUUACGAGGAUGAAAUUGAUGAAGAUGUAAUAUUAGAGGCCGGACCAGCAAUAGUCAUCAAGAACACGAACAGCGAAAACAGUCAGAACAGUAGAAAUCAAGGCAAUUCAACUGAUCUCAUCUAACGGUGUGUUUGAGGGACCUAUUUAUCUCAUUCUUUGUAUCCAUAUCCGUAUUAUUAUGCUAUCACGGGACACUUGCGUUAUUCAUCGUCAUCUGCAGUGUUCUAUUACUUAGACUUUUACUUCGCCGGCGACGUUAUCAGGUUUUAGAGCUAUACAAUUGGUAGUUUUUAAAUGGCGAUUAUCACUGUAAUGGAAUCGAACAUCUCGCAUUAUUCCGUCACUGUAGUAUUCCAUCGAGUCACCAACUACGAGACUCAUGUACGGCUUUUUGUGAUGUCUGAAUUCAGACAAAAAAGCACAUAUAAACAUUUCAUUUCAGUUCAU